AUGGGGUUUGCUGGGGAACGGGUCGACACCAAGGGAUAUCUAGACUUGUGGACGCUUCUGGGGGUCGGCCGAGAAGGCGAGGAUAAGAGAAUAAGAUACUUACUAGUAGACGCCAACACGUCCUAUAAUGUCUUGUUAGGAUGCCUGUGCCUGAACUCCUUUGGCGCCAUUGUUUCCACCCCCCACUUGGCGAUGAAGUAUCCUACCAGCCGAGGUACAAUUUGCACCAUCCGUGCUGAUCAAAAAGUGGCGCGGGAGUGUUAUGCCGCAGGCCUUAAGAUGUAUCCUCGGGAAAUGAGGAGGAGGACGAGUGGUACGGACGUCGCAAUGGCCGACCUAGAUCCCCGGACCAAUACGGAAGAUCGCCUUGAGCCGCUGGGGGAGACCCAACCUAUGAUAGUAGGGAAAGAUCCCACUCAGGUAACCACCAUUGCUCGGGGACUGGAGGAAGAAGUAGAAAAGCGACUGAGGAGAAGCCCGACCCGUACCCCAAAAGAAGAGGAGGAUGGCGAAGAGAAAAGGAGGGCCGUCCAGGAGGAGGUAAGGAAGUUACAGGUGGCAGGGUUCGUCCGAGAGAUCACGUAUACCACUUGGUUAGCAUAUGUGGUCAUGGUUAAGAAAGCUAGCGGCCAAUGGCGAAUGUGCACGGAUUAUACCGACCUAAAUAAAGCCUGCCUAAAGGACUCUUAUCCUUUGCCUAGCAUUGACGUCCUCGUGGAUGGGGCGUCUGGUCAUCAAAUUCUAAGCUUCUUGGACGCAUACUCGGGGUAUAAUCAGAUACCCAUGCAUGGACCGGAUAGGGAGAAGACGGCCUUUAUGGCCGAUCAAGCCAACUUCUGUUAUGAAGUCAUGCCCUUCGGUUUGAAGAACGUCGGCGCCACUUACUAG